CAUGCGUUAUCACUGCGAACGCCGAACAAUCAAAAUUAAUCAAAAUUUUUCAAAAUAUUUUUCUUCUUUUAUUUUUUCAAGUUUUAUUGAAUUAUUCGUGAAUUUCUAAAUGUAAUCAACGUAUUCGUACCACCUCCAUCAUUUAAACCACCAUGAACGACGUCGUAGUACCAGGUGAAGACAUAACUCGUCUACUACACAGUGGUAAGCAAACGAAAAUAAUCCUGGGUCCAGGUUUACGCCGAGUCGCCGAAAAAGUUUACACAUGUCACGGUGGUAUUUUACGUAAAAAAGCUCCCAAUACGUACUGGAUUGACAGCCAUCGAAAACGGUAUAUUCCUCAAAGAGACGAACUCGUAAUCGGCAUCGUUACAGCCAAGCAAGGAGAUUACUUCAGAGUUGACAUCGGUUCCAGCGAAUUGGCCGUUUUAUCGUAUCAAGCUUUCGAAGGCGCUACUAAAAAGCUAAGAACAAAAGUUGAAAUUGGAGACAUAAUCUAUGGUCGUUUACUCACAGCGAAUCGUGACAUGGAACCGGAACUCGUAUGCAUUAAUUCCAAAGGUAAAAGCGACGUGAUGGGUGUUCUGCCACUAGACGGAUAUCUGUUCCAAUGCAGUAUAGAUUUAGUUCGUAAAUUACUCCAUCCAAAUUGCCCGUUCGAUAAACUCGGCGAAGCUCUUCAGUUUGAAUACGCCAUCGGUAUGAACGGCAGGAUAUACAUUCGUUCUCAUCAAAUCAAACGUACGCUAGCUCUUUCGAAAGCCAUGCUCGCUUCAGAGUUCCUUUCCUUCAAAGAAAUACAGUCCCUAUGUGAUAAAUUAGUCGCUCAAUUUUACAACAAAUCGUGAAUAAAUUAUCGUUCUAUGUUGAUGUUUCCCUUCGCUUUCCUUCAUUUCACGUCCAUUCGUCCACAAAUCAUGUAUGUACAAUAUUUUUACAAAUAAAAAAUUUUACUACAUUAA